AUUAACACGCCAAUAAUACCAUCUCACAGAUCCAUGUCAUUAAUGCUUGCUGCAUAUUGCAUAACUUUCUAAGAGAUAGGCAGAGAGAGAUGGAUGAUAUAAUGCUAAUUGACGUGGAUAAUCAGUUAAAUGUUGAUGCCAUCGAACAUCCUGAAGAACCAAACAUGAUUAGACAUGUUGAAUCAACAACUGAGUGGAACAACAAGCGAGAUACCUUAGCUAAUCAAAUGUGGGCAGAUUACCAAAGGAGACGCGGGGGAGCCAAUCAUUGAAUUCAUUCAUUUGUAUGUUCAUAUAUUUCAUAUGGCUAUUUUUGAACCCUCUCUCUCUCUUGGGAUUCUACGUUUGUCUCAUACAUGUAUUGUUGCUUGCAGGAAGAUAUGGAUGUGGAGAAUAAAGGAGGUAGAAACUACCUUACCUGGACGGAUGAAAUGGAUGAAGCAAUGCUGAAUGUGUUCAUGGAGCAUUACAAUAGAGGGGAUCGUGCUCAAAAUGGGUGGAAGCCACAUGUUUACACUGCAGUUGUCAAGAAUGUUCGAGCCAAGUGCAAUGUGGAUAUCACAAAGGAGAAUGUCAUAUCAAGGUGCAAGACUAUUGAUACACACAAUGUCAAUGUCAGCAAGAUGUUGUCAACGAGUGGUUUUGGGUGGGAUUGGAUCCAUAAAAAGCUUAUGGUUGAUAGUGAGGACGUGUGGAGCAACUAUGUCAAGGCAAACAAAGAUGCCACAUGCUACAGGCACAAGGUCAUAAAGUUUUGGGACUCUAUCAGCCUUGUCUUCUCGAAGGAUCAUGCCACCGGAACCGGAGCAAGAACUACUGGUGAAAGUGCAGCGGAAAUGGCUGCAGAGAAUGUCAACAACAUCAGCACUGAUUCUGCCGCAACAUCUUCAACCCAAACCGGCAAGGAACAGAAGAGGAAAAGAUAUCGAUCGGAUGACUCAAUUGCAUCUAUGCUUGGAGAGAAACUGGAUAAUUUUACCAGUGCCUACAAAGCUGAUAUCGCUCAAGUUGCUCCUCCUGAGAAACCCUCCUCUCCUGAAGAAAUACUUGAUGCUCUCAAUGCAAUUGUGGGACUGGAUGAUGAUGGCUUGCUAGCAGCUUAUGAUAUCCUCAUAGCAGAUGACCGCAAGUUCAAGGCUCUUAUGGCGCUGCCUGAAAGGAUGAAGAAGAAAUUGAUCCUCAAGCAAAUCAACCAAUGA